AUGAGUCAUACAGUCGUUAAAUAUCGUCGCAAGUGGCAUAUCGGUGACCUCAAGGUGUCACGUUUGGUGAUACUGCAUGAGGAAGCGGAGGAUGGCAACGCCAUGCCCGACCUGGCGCGGCCGGUGCAGGCCGUGUCGCUGGCGGUCAACAACCUCGUCAAGGUAGGCCACGAGACCAUAGAGUCGUCGGACGACGCGCUCCUGCGCCAAGACAUGCCGGGUGCGCUGCGCCGCGUGGAGGGCGCCGCCACCUUACUUCAGCAGGCCUCGGACAUGCUCCGAGCUGAUCCCUACUCGGGGCCGGCCAGAAAGAAACUGAUCGAGGGUUCCAGAGGCAUCCUGCAAGGCACCUCGGGUCUACUAUUAUGCUUUGACGAGUCGGAAGUCAGGAAGAUCGUAAAGGAAUGCAAAAAGGUUCUGGACUACCUGGGAGUGGCGGAAGUGAUCGACACUAUGGAGGACUUGGUGCAGUUCCUCAGGGACAUCUCGCCGGCGCUGUCCAGAGCGGCCAGGGAGGUGGCCGCACGAGCGGCGGAGCUGACCCACCCGCCCCACGCGGAGACCCUGGCCCGCUGCCUCGAGAGUGUCAAGCAGCUGGCGCCGCUCCUGAUCUGCUCCAUGAAGAUCUACAUCCACAUCCUCGCGGAAGGUGGCAAGGGCAUGGAGGAAGCGGCCGAGAACAGGAACUACCUCGCCCAGCGGAUGGCCGACGAAAUCCACGAGAUAAUACGGGUUUUGCAGCUGACCUCGUACGUGGAAGACGGUGGUGAGAAGGACAACGUGGCAGUGCUGAAGGCCUUGCAGGCGCAGAUGCACGCCAAGAUGGGGGCGGCCUACGAGUUUCUAACUGACGCGUCCGCUCAGCGCAACGGGCCGGGCGAGAGGGCGCUGCGGUCGGUGCUCAACUCGGCCCAGCGGGCGGCCGAGCACCUGGGCCCAGACCUGGCCGACUCGGCCAGACGAGCCCUCAGAUCGGCGGGAAUAAACGCGGACCAUCUGUGCGACGAGAGGCAGCUAGGGCGCGGCAGGGAGCCGAAGGCCCUGAACCUGGCGUCGGACCUUCGCAAGCAGCUGAACGAGGUGGACGGCAUCGUCAACGAGGGGGUGAGGGCGGCGGAGAAGCAAGGCGGCAAGGCCAUACAGGCCAGAUUGGAGACCGCCCACAAAUGGCUUCUGCAUCCCGCUGCGGACCCUCAAACCAGAGCGGAGGGUCAGAAGGCCAUCACCAGCAUUGUCUCUCAGGGGCAGAGGAUCGCCGACGGGCUGCAGGGGCGCGAGAAGGCGGAGGUGCUGCAGCUGUGCGGAGACGUGCAGCGCCUCUCCGAGCGGCUGGCGGAGCUCAGUGCUGGCGGCCGAGCUGGUGGCGACGAGCUCCGCGCCAUCACCAGGGAGCUGUCCGACAAGUUGCACGAGCUGAAGCGCGGCAUGGAGCGGGCGGUGGUGAACAGGGUGGUGGAGGACUUCAUCGACGUGGCCGCGCCCCUCAGGCACUUCACCGACGCUGUUAACGCACCAGAAGAAUUGAUUCUGGUCAUAAUUGUAAGUUAUUACUUGGAAUCGAUCCUUAUUACUGGAACACGUGACGAUGACCCAUUCGCCCCAAUUGUUGUAGUUGAUAGUCAUCCUGCCUCUUGCGCCAGAGGGCACGGCCGGCCGCGAGGCGGCGUUCGGCGAGCGCGCGCGGCGCUGCAGGCGUUCAGCGCGCGCGCGGCGGCCGCGGCGGCCGUGGUGGCGGCCGACAAGCGCCACGACAAGCGCCUGGCCGACCAGCUGGCGCACGGCAAGCGCGAGGUCGAGAAACUUUCACCGCAACUGAUCGCCGCCGGAAAAAUUCGUCUGCACUAUCCCGAUAGUAAGGUGGCUGAAGAGCACUUCAACAACCUGAGGAGCCAGUACGCCGACGCGGUGCUCCGCGUCAGGGACCUCUGCGACCAGGCCGUGGAUCCCCUGGACUUCGUCAGGACAGCAGGCGAGCUGAUGCAGAAGCACACUUAUCUGUGCGAGGACGCGAUUCGUAACAACGACGCGCAAAAGAUGGUCGACAACACCUCCGCUAUUGCCAGGCUGGCGAACCGCGUGCUGCUGGUGGGCGGCGCGGAGCGCGACAACUCGGAGGACGGGGCGUUCGCGGCGGCGCUGGGCGGCGCGCUGCAGCGGCUGCAGGGCUCCAUCGCGCCCGCCGUGCGCCUCGCCAAGCGGCUGGCGCUCGCCGACCGCGCCGCGCUGCCCGCCUGGCGCGCCGCCAACGCAGAGAUAAUGAGCGCCACCGGCGAAGUGGAGGCGGCGUUCGGGCGCCACUCGGCACAACCGCCGCCGGUGGAGGCUCUCCGCGCAAUGCAGCUGCGUGAGACGCCGCCGCCUCGCCCCCCUCCGCCCGCCCCGCCGGCGCCCGCGCCCCCCUCCGUCGCCGCAGCGCCCCCGCGCCCCCCGCCGCCCGACACCGACGACGAGGGCGAGGACAUCUUCCGCCGGCAGCCGCACCCCAGCCAGCCGAUCCUGGUGGCCGCCCACAACCUGCACCACGCAGUACGCGAGUGGUCUUCGAAGGACAACGAGAUCAUCGCGGCCGCCAAGCGCAUGGCCAUCCUCAUGGCGCGGCUUUCGGACCUCGUGCGCUCCGACUCCAAGGGUAGCAAGCGCGAGCUUAUCGCCACCGCGAAAGCCAUCGCGGAGGCCUCUGAGGAGGUCACACGCCUCGCCAAGAAACUGGCGCUGGAGUGCACGGACAAGAGGAUCCGUACCAACUUGCUGCAAGUCUGCGAGAGGAUUCCCACGAUUGGGACACAACUCAAGAUCCUGUCCACGGUGAAGGCUACCAUGCUCGGUGCUCAAGUCGGUUCGCCGGACUACAAAGGAAGCGAAGAGGACCAAGAGGCGACGGAGAUGCUCGUUGGGAAUGCGCAGAAUCUGAUGCAGAGCGUUAAAGAGACAGUGAAGGCAUCGGAGGGGGCCUCCAUAAAGAUUCGAACGGAGCAGGGCGGCUACCGUCUACGCUGGGUGCGCCGCUCGCCCUGCUUAGAGGCUAGAGGUGCCGCGGCCGUGCGCCGCCGCGACGUUGCCGCGCCGCUCAUUCCGCGCGCGGCCGCCAUGUUGUUCAGCGAGAAGCUCGACCUGCGGCUGAUACGGCUGGUGCGCGACAGCCCCGUGCUCUACGACCACAACAAUGCCAAGUACAUGGACUUCAACGCGCGCGAGGUCGCCUGGCAGCGGAUCGGCGACGAGCUCGAGCGGCCCGCUGCCGACUGCAAAGUGAGAUGGAUCAACAUAAGGGACGUGUACCGACGGAUACUGCGCAAGAGCCUAACCGAGCCCGAGCAGCGCACCAGGGUGUACAAGUACGAGAGCGAGCUGGCCUUCAUGAGGUCCUUCUACAAGGACGUUCUGAUACAGAACGGCGACUUCGACUCCGACGGGAAGAGCGUCGAAACGGGCGACGGCGACCGCUUCGACGAUCCCAACAGCGAAGACGACAAGCCGAUUCGGCAGCUUAGAACCAAGAGAUCCGCUAAGUCCGCCAAGAAGAAGAAGAAGAGGAAGAGCUACGAGGAAGCCGAGGGGCCCCUCGGUCAAUCGGUCACUUUCAACGAAGGUGCGCAGUCGGAUUUCGAUGUGUCGGACCCCGUGGACGCUUUCUUAAUGAGCAUUGGCGCCACAUUAAAGACCUUCUCACCGUAUCACCUGAAUCUGGCUAAGAGUAAAAUAUUCGCGGUUGUCCAAGAGCACGAUUUACAGCAGAUAAUGCAGAAAGGACGCGCGGAGUCACACGACACCGCAGCAACUAAUUCGGAGCACGCCGGGUGGACGCGCGCCACGGAGCAGCGACGUUGCCGCUACGUGCACGACGCCUCGGCGUGCAGUUGGCGCGCGACGCGUCCGGAGCGACGUCGUCCCGUCAGCGACGCGUUACGACAAAUU